GCCGGGGGGGGACUGAGCACGACGCUGGCGUGAAAGGUCAGCGUAGUGGCGGUCAAGGGCGGUGGUAUAAGGGCACCGCGAGGAGGUAUGACCGUCCUGACGGCAUCGCAAACACCCACGUCGGCCCAUAAUAGCCGCGCGCUCCUCAGCGGAAAGGACACCGCGAGGAGGAACAAAGCCCAGAGGGAGGUCCUGCUCAGGGACCUCGGGGGGCGACGCACCAGCGUGACCAGGGCGGUUGCGUGCCCGAGAAAAGGUGGAGAGGAUAAGCUGGAGGCGCUCAGCCAUAGGGAGAGUAGGGUCCUCCAGGUGGUGCUGGACGGCAUCGCAGAGGUCGAGGUCAUCGCUAUGAUCACCCUCUGGCGACGACAGGGCACCAGCGUCCUGCGCCCCAUACUCGAGCGCGCUGAAGAGGCACGAGAAGUGGCGGCCCUGCUGCGUGGAACGGCGGGGGCGACCGUGGAAAGGGGAACGACGCUGGGAAGUGCCGUGAGAGGAGGAGGAGGCGUAACCCGUGCGCUGAGGCUGGGAGGAGGAGACGGGGUGAAGACGGGCUCGCAUCCGCUCAUGGUUCCUGGCGGCCUCGAGAUGGAGGACACGCAGCAUCCUGGAGUUGUUGCACGCCGGCGGCAAGGGUCGCCACCUGCGCCUGUAAGGGCUCGAGGGUCGCGAGUUGCGCCUGGAUGGGCGCAAGGGUCGCGAGUUGCGCCUGGAUGGGCGCAAGGAGGGAGCACAUUUGCAAGCAAGAUGUGCCCGGCGAAGGUUAUGGCCGAUUCCCUGGCCGACAUCAUCAGAUCCCACAUCCUCUUCACAGAACACUCCCUACAGGAUGAAGCUAAGCCGCUUUACCUGAAACCGGAAGAUGAGGAUAGGCACAUGGGCGAAUAUGACGACGACGAAGAGCUGAACGAAAAGAUAUCCUCGGGCAGUGACGGGACUGGUACCACCCCAGCACCUAAGCGCAGCAUGGGGGGAUACAGCCUGGGAUCUGCCGUUGGGAGAAGGGCAAACGACGACAGUGGAGAACCCGGAGGAAUCGGAGCUGACAGCCGAAACGGCGGAAUCAGAGAGGCCAGCAGUCAGCAAGGUGAUUCCACAGAGGCAUCCCCGGGAACCACCACAGCAGAGUCACCAGCCGGUAGCAUGGAGGAGGGAAGAAAACGUAUGCACAACAUUGAAAAUAUGACAGAAGAGGAAAUACAACAGGCGGAGGAGGACCAGCGAGAUUUUACUGCAGACUCAGACGAUGAGGACUCAUCGGGGGAAGAAGAGGAGAAGGAAGAAUCAGGGGAGGAGGACAUGACGCUAGAACAGUGGGUCCAGACGGUAGAACAACUGGAAUGGGAGAGAACAAUCGAAUGUGAGAUCAGGCUGGCUCAUCAUAAACACUUGAGGAACUUGAAGCAGGCGACCCAAGUGGCGGAGGACAUUACUUCUGAAAACCGUUUUGAGCUGUUAAAAAGGGAAGGGGAGAUGAACGAAUUUUAUGCGGCUCAGUACGCGAGGACAGCUCGCCCUAUCAAGAACGACAUUCAAAUUCAGAACGAAGAAUAUGCCAAAAUCUUCCAAUGGCCAAAGACCUAUCAGAACAAGGGCAGCAAAGCAGCCAACAGAAAGAGGAAGGCACAAAGGGAGGACGAGAAUGGAAGCAGGGAGGAACAAUCAAUGGGGACACAAGACCAGCCUAUGAAGGAUGCGGAUAAGCAACAGGAGGAAGGGGAGGAAUAUGAAAAACAGGAAUUGCGGAGGCAAACAGCAAUGUUGGAGGCCCAGGUAAAUGCACUAAAGGACGAGAACAGAGAAUUUGAGGAGGAGACAAUAAGUCUGCAAAAAAUAGCUGAAGGGCGGUUGAAGGAGAUUGAAGCUGCAACACGUUUGGAGGCCAAGAACGUGAAUAGGUUUAAGGAGGACCUUGCUCGGCUUCUGAAGGUGGACAUAUCAAGAAUAAAGGUUGUGAACCCUAGGCAAGCACAGCGCCGGCUCAUCAUGUCAGCGAGCAUGAGUCCGAAGGCCAGCAGCAAGAAGAGCUUCCUGCCCUCUGGUAGUGGUGGGAACCGUGGACUCACAUUUCUUGAGGCCAAGAACACAUCUGCGGUAACUCAGGUGACGACAAGCAGCACCAAUGACCCUCCUGCUGCUAUAGACGUGCUCAUUGUCCUUGCACCCACUUUUGAGGAGACAAACGGGACAUGGCCUGGACCAACAAUAAAACCAUCCCCACUUCCACCACCUCCCCCAUCACCUCCAGUGAAUGCAAGUGCAGAAGCUGAUGUCAGUUUCCUCAAUGAAGAUACUGGUUCUGCAGCACCUCCACCUCCACCUCCACCGGCAGGAGCACUUUUCCCUGGAGCAGUGAAUUUGCCGAUUCCCACAGUGGGUGGAGCUCCAAACUCCUCUCCCUUUUCUCCACAGGCCUCUCCUCUGUCUCCGAGUCCAGCACCUGCCCAAGUAGUGGAAGCAGGGGGGAUUGUCACCCUGCAAAGCAUAGCAAACAUGUUUUUGAAUGCUCUUGAGACCGGGGAAUUUUCAACAGCCACGGGGAUGACACUGAAAGUUACAGAUAUGAAGAUGAUAACUGGUGAUGCUGCAGCACUUGGGUCUCCUCCUUCACCAAUGCCACCGCCGACACCACCUGCACCACGACCUCCACCCCCAAGGCAGACCCCUGUUCAAUUCACUGUUGCCACCCCGUCGACACCACCCUUGGUUUCCCAAUCUCCACUCCCAGUUACCCAGUCUCCGCCACCCGCUUCUCUGCCCCCUCCGCCUGCUUCUCAGGCUUCGCCGCCUGCUUCUCGGACCCCACCGCCUGCUUUUCGGACCCCACCACCUGCUUCUCGGUUGCCGCCACCUUCUUCCCAGUCGCCACCACCUUCUUCCCAGUCAGCACCCCCAAUUGCACGAGUUCCGCCACCUUCUCCAGUACCUGUUAAGCCCCCACAGACUCCACCACCUCCACCAUGGACAGAAGACGGAUCGACACCACUGGCUCCAGAAGGGGAAUUGGGAAUUCCUCUGGGUGGAGAGGAAGGUCCUCCAUUCGAAGAAGCCUUACCACCACCGGCUGAACCACACGGUAUGAUUCUAGUCCUUUGUCGACUGUACCCACUGUUGUUAGCCUAGUAAAUGGAUAUUUGCUUUCAAGUUUUAGUGUUUGCACUGCUACUAUGCCGCAACCAAUACACGA